AUGUAUUCUAAAAUUUUGUCAGUGCUCGCCCUAAUAGCAUUAGCCCAAGCUGGCGUUUUGGACUACAAUCACGGUCAUGCUACAUCAUAUGCUUCAUCAAAUCUUGCUGGAUCAGAACAUGGGCACGGAUAUGCUGCGCCUGUUUUAAGUCAUGCUUAUACUGCUCCAGUAGUCGCUACCCACGGAUAUGCUGCUCCUUCAUUGAGUCAUGGACAUUCUACACACGGUGAUGUAGACUACUAUGCUCACCCCAAAUACGAAUUCAACUACGGAGUUCAAGAUGGCCACACUGGAGACCAUAAAACCCAACAUGAGGUACGUGAUGGUGAUGUUGUUAAAGGCUCUUACACCGUUGCUGAACCUGAUGGUACUCUCCGUACUGUUCACUACACCGCUGAUGACCACAACGGUUUUAACGCUGUUGUAGAAAAAUCUGGACACCCUGUCCAUCCAGCUCCUACCCAUGGACACGGAAGAGUACUCUUAGCCGCCCCCGCUGUUCAACAUGCCCCAUUGAUUUUGUCAGUGCUAGCCAUAGCGGCUGCAGCCCAAGCUGGAGUUUUGGACUAUAGUCAUGGUCAUGCUACCUCAUAUGCUUCAUCAAAUCUUGGUGGACCAGAACAUGGACAUGGAUAUGCUGCUCCUGUUUUAAGUCAUGCUUAUACUGCUCCAGUAGCUGCUGCCCAUGGAUAUGCUGCUCCUUUAUUAGCCCAUGGUCACUCCGCACACCAUGAUGUAGACUAUUAUGCUCACCCCAAAUACGAGUUCAACUACGGCGUUCAAGACGGCCAUACUGGAGACCACAAAACCCAACACGAGGUCCGUGAUGGUGACGUAGUUAAAGGUUCAUACACCGUAGCUGAACCUGACGGUACCCUUCGUACUGUACACUACACCGCUGAUGACCACAAUGGUUUCAAUGCUGUUGUUGAAAAAUCUGGACACCCUGUACAUUCGGCUCCAUCUUACGGACAAGGAAAAGUGCUCUUGGCCGCUCCAGCUGAACACCAUGCUCCAUUAUACCAUCAUUAAGACUUGAAGAAUGCAUGUUGAAUAUUGUUAUUAUAUUUAUUUAUUUUGUCGAUUGAAUUACUGUGUAAUAAAUUUUUUUGUAUAAAUAAAUUGAACUGAAUCUACAAACAUAGUA